AAGAUCAUACGGCUGAUAACAUCAUGGGGAGAUAUAAAUAAAGUUGUUGAAUGCGCACCAAUCUUCGCAUUACACUCUUUGACUAUCGUAAAGAUGUGCAAUUGUCUUUACAAUAUAGACAAGAUAAAAAUGCUGUUAACAACAAUUCAAACGGAUUGGGAAUCUCCGAUGACAGAAGAAGAGUUAAAAAUCCUACGUGGAUAUGGAAAUCAAAACCGUAAAAUCACUCAUUCCUACGUAUAUUUCAUUUAUGUUGUUACGGCGAUGUUUUUGACUACACCCAUGGUUCCCAAAAUACUUGAUUAUUAUGUACCACUAAAUGAAUCAAGGCCGCAGUUAUCUUUGUAUCAAACAGAAUAUUUUGUGGAUCCAGUGCAGUACGAAAUACCAAUUUUGAUUCACGCAUAUAUAAUUAGUCCAUUUCCUUCAACUAUUAUCGUUGCAUUUGAUUCUUUGUACGCUAACUUCGUUAGUCAUGCCUGCAGCAUGUUUGCAAUUGUUGGAUAUCGAUUGAAAAACACCGCGAAUGAUAAAUAUGUAUGGAGCAAACAAAGAAAAAUAAUUCAGGAUAACAAAGCGCAUCAAUCAAUGAUCAGCUGUAUUAAAGAUCAUAACAGCAUAUUAGAGUAUUGCCAAAUUCUUAAAUCUAGCUACAAUAGUUGCUUAUUUGCUAUAGUAAUUAUAAACAUGUUGGCUUUAAGUAUUACAGGAUUCCAAACUAUAAUAAAAAUGGAUGAAACCGGUGAGAUGAUAAGGUUCGGUACAUUUUCCAUCGGCCAAGUUGUUCAUCUUUUCUUCCUCAGUUGGCCAGCCCAAAAGUUAUUGGAUCAUAGUCUUUCUAUUCAUCAAUUAGUGUACUUAGGAGAGUGGUAUAAUAUUUCUACAAGAACAAAAAAACUGAGCAUUUUUAUUAUGAUGCGCAGCCGAAAACCAUGCAUCCUCUCCGCUGGAAAAAUGUAUACUAUGUCAUGCGAGAGUUUUAGUAGGGUGAUUAAAACAUCAAUGUCAUACUUUACACUUUUGACGUCUCUCAGAUAA